GCGAGCUCUGCAGCCGCUGUUAGCUGUUAUAGUUAUGGCCUGGAGAUCUGCGUCCGAACAAGGGCAAAAGGAGGGCAUUCGCACGCCUGCUGCUGCAUUCAACACCCGGAGCCCGAAAACUCAAAAUUAUAAGGCAGCCCGCUCAAGCUAGCAGACCGCUAGUACUUCAUGCAGCUGCAUAGAUUUAUGGAACGAUUUGUGAUAGCGCAUUUUCAAAAACACACGUGCGGGGUUUCUCCCACAGCAGGGACCUGCAACCUUUCUGUCACAAUACUUUAAAGAGCCAGUCCAGAUUUGAUUUUUUUUUGUGAACGCACAUUCAGUAAUGGCAGAGAUACCGUUAUUGCUAUUUAUGUCUAAUGUAAUCAUAUCUGAACUGGACAGUAAUUAUCUGAUUAAGACCUGCCGUCUCAGUUCCCUUGGUCAUCACAGGCAGGCCAUAAAGAAAAUGUUUUGUACAUUUAUAGGUUACAUUAAUACCUGCUUAAUUAUAGAAAAAAAUCUACAUUAUACAUAGCGCAUGAUGUCAUUCACUGGGGUUCGAAGCAGAGUGCACGAGUAUAAAUUGUCGGUACGUAUAUACAGAGUAAAAUGAUAGGAACCGCUUAUCUUUGACGCAUGCUCAAAACGAGCCGGUUCCGCUGUGCGUCGAUGUGCCACCUUUAAACUUGCAUUACUGAGAUAAUAAGAAAUAAAGGAGUCGAAACCACGGAGACGCAUUUUUUCCGAUGCUUUUCUGUCAGCACCUGCAGAGCUGUGCGAGAUCAUCACACCUAAGGGCAGUUAUAGGCGAGCGGCGUGAACGCGUCUCUGGCUUGUCAGAGCACACUGCCUGUCAUCUGGGACCACGUUCAUUCGGGGUGAAGAUGGGGGAAAGUGCACACUCGGCUUGCCGUGUUUCACGAACCGAGGAACGAGAAAAGUAUCUGUGAUAAUUUAUGAUUCAGGAAAAGUGCGCGCUACUUGUCAUUUCCCGUGGGAUCACCUCGUUUGAAUCACCAUAAAAAUGGAUUCGUCCUCUUCCAGGCAGCAUCACGGUUCAAAGAAGCGUGUGAAGAUUCACCCCAACACUGUAACCGUGAAGUACUCCACCCACUUCCCACAGCCGGGCGAUGAGGGCUAUGAUGAUGCGCCCUCCUUCGAGGACUUUGGCACUUUCCUGGAGGAGAAUCCCGACAGGAAGCUGCUCGCCGACCACAGGCACGGCCGGACCUUUUUCGGCACCAUGGACUCUCGGCCCCAGCCAGCCGGAGAACGGCGGGACAACGGCGUCGGUGAGCAGCUGCAGAGCUUUGGAGAGGCGUCGGUUUUCACCUCGCGGGUCACCUGGGCCGCUCUGUUCGGGGCGGCUCUGGCCCACGGCUGCGUAGCGCUCAUCACACGCCUGGCGGCCGACCGCUCCAAGGUGCCCUCUCUGGAGCUGCUCUUCAUCCGCUCGGUGAUCCAGGUGCUCUCCAUUGUGGUCGUGCAUUACCACCAGGAGGCGCCGUUCGGGCCCAAGGGAUACAGGCUGCUCCUCUUCUUCUACGGCGUGUGCAACGUCAUCUCCAUCACCUGCGCCUACACCUCCUUCGCCAUCGUGCCGCCCAGCAAUGGCACCAUCAUGUGGCGAGCCACCACCACUGUCUUCAGCGCCGUGCUGGCCUUCCUGCUCAUCGACGAGCGCCUGGGUCUGACGGAUGUGGUCACCGUGGUCACCAGCGUGUUCGGCCUGUGUCUGGUCAUGAUCCCCAACAUCUUAGGCGAAGACAAGACCCCGCUGGGCUUCUGGAAAGAGGCCUUUGGAUACACCAUGACCGUCAUGGCUGGUCUGACCGCCGCCCUCUCUAUGAUCGUGUACCGGACCAUCAAGGAGCGUGUGAGCAUGUGGACGGCCCUUUUCACCUUCGGCUGGACCGGCACCGUGUGGGGAGCCUCCACCAUGUUCGUUCUUCAGGAACCCAUCAUUCCGUUGGAUGCGGAGACCUGGGGAUACCUACUGGGCAUCUGCGUCUGUUCCACUGUGGCGUUCCUGGGCGUCUACUAUGCCCUGAACAAGUUCCAUCCAGCUCUGGUGAGCACUGUGCAGCACCUUGAGAUCGUGGUGGCCAUGGUCCUCCAGCUUCUCGUGCUGCGCAUGAUCCCGUCCAUCUACGACGUCAUCGGGGGCCUGAUCGUCAUCAUCAGCGUCUUCGUCCUCACCGCAGUCAAGCUCUACUGGGUGGGCAGGAGCAAGCGGGAGGAAUACCAAGAGAUACUCGACUCCCCGAUUAAAUGAGCCACGCCUUCUUGUGUGCAGUCUUCUGAUUCGCUGAUGUGCAACUGGACAGUCUCAUGAAUGUUUGAAUCAUGAUGUAUUUAUUUUGCACUGUGUUGUAAAAAGAGACAUUGUGAGCUGUGUUGUGUCUUAGUUGAUGUAUAAAAUAAAAAUAAUCUGCAAUGCCUAUUCAACAAUUUACUUCAAUUAUGUAUUUUUCAAGUCAGCUUUAAUGUUUCGUGCAUUUGAAUCUUUUAAUGAGAAGCUGAAGCUGUCUUAAAUAUGGUGUGAAAAUGGCAUCGGGCAGGUGAAUCAUCAUUUCAAAAAUCAAGAUGAUUACCUGAAG